AUGAAGAUCUCAAUUUCAUGCAACUCGAUUGCAUUCACAGUAUGCAUGAUGGCGUCGUCUGGAUUCCCCAAUCGAUUGCCAAACUCGAGGUUGGGUCAAAAACACGAAACUUACGAAUCCUUCGCGUCGGCCAUCGGACACCAAUCGACCAAACCCAAGGAAUUUGCCUUUAUAGUUGUUACAGAGGAGAGCGAUGAAGCGGAGAAACGGGGCAGAUUGCUACUGGGAAGGAAGAAUCGAGGCUUCGGAAAGGGCAUGUAUACGUGUUUGGGAGGCAAGUUUGAUGUGAAGCUCGAUUCUUCACUAGAGGCUAGUGCCUGCCGAGAGUUGAAGGAAGAAGCCAAAAUCGGAGGUGUAUCGAUUGACGAAAUGAAGGGUAGUAAGGUUGGAAUUCAAAGAUUCACCUUUGCUCCAGAUGAGGACAAUGAAUCAACUGGGACGGACGAAAAAAAAAACGAAUCUCAAUCUCAACUUGAAAUGGUUGUUCACGUGUACUGGUUGGCAUUUCAACACUGUGACGAGAGAUUAAAUAGUGUUGAGGGAUGUGAAGAGAUCACUCCUCAAUGGUUUGACGAUUGGAGCUUAUUACCCCUGGACCAAAUGUUUGCCGAUGAUUCCUUGUGGAUGACCACACUCUUGGCAUAUCACGAAAAUGGCCCUUCAGACGCAGCUGCUGUUCAAAUCAAUGGUUGGUAUCAUUACGAAGAAAAGUGUGAAGAAACCAAUACGAUUCAACAUUAUUACAUGGACGUUCUCCCAAAGCGAAACCAGAAUGGUGCUGUUCAGAUAGACAGGACGCUUCCCAAGCAAUCACAAGUCUACAAGAAGCAGGAAAAUGGCAAAGAUGCUGCCCCACCAACAUACAACUUGGAGCAACAGCUCUUUCACGCUCUUCACGACAAUCGAAUACACUCUCCGACCAUAAAGGAAUUCCGAGAAUCUUUGGCAUUUUGCAAGGCUGUGAAGAAUCACUUUCAAAAGUUUGAAAAGAAAAAGCUGAAAACCAGUGGUAUUACGACUGCUGGUUGGAAGGUUGUGUUGGAUGUUGCCGGUGGUCAUGGGGCACUAGCAGCCCUAUUUUUGGUGUCCAAUCCUUCAAUACAAAGGGCAGUUUGUAUUGAUCCGGCCAAGGUGGGGAACAACGGAGUGACAAAGGCAUGGGGGCACUUAUGGAGUAGUGACCAGGGCGACAGUUACGCGAACCAAAAGAAGGAGCUCGUCUAUCGGAAUGAAUGUUUGACGACUGGCCUUCCCUCCGAGAUACAAAAGGGGCUUUCCAUGACGGAAUCUCCUGAACAGAUCCUUGUCGUUGCGUGUCAUGCCUGCCAACAUCUGAGCGAGCAAAUAUUGGAGAUAUCCUGUCGAUACGGUGUUUCGGUCGCUGUAGUUCCAUGUUGCCAAAAGGAUUCUAGCCCCGGAGGACCCUGGAAGGCGACCAGCAAGGCACUAGAAAUACCCUUACAGAUAAUGAUGGAUGUCCUACUGGCAGGACGUAUUAUGGGCAAAGGAACGCACGAAGUCCGAAUGAAGUGUAUGAACAAACAGAUUACUCCUCAAAAUCGGAUCAUUGUGGCAAGAGCCUUGCCCACAGAAGAACAAGACGAAUCCCUCCUGGCGUUGCAAGCUCACCGUUCAAGAGCCCAGGCAAAGUUGGACAUUGCCUACCGCCGAGCGCAUGUGCUAUCUUCAGGUUACCGUGAUACCAAUGGCAUUUUGUCUUCCUUGCUAUCACCAUCCUUUCUUCAUCCACUUGGUUAUAUGACUGCUGGCGUCGCCAUUGGAAUGGGCGCAUCGCAUUGGAUGAGCAAACGAUAA